AUGAGGGUUCGAAUCCAUCCAGAGAAUGGAAGUGGGAGGCAGGACUGGAAUUUACUCUCGCAGCAAUUUUCAGCACCAAAUCGGUGCGAGACUAUCACCGAGCGACCGGGUCUGGCGUACAUCGUGCAGAGUCAGAACCAGCAGAUCUUCAACUUCGUGCCAUCUCCGUAUACCGACUGGAGACGGGAACCUUACUACUCAACACACAGUAAGGGUAAUGGAACUUCUCCAUCCGUUAGGGCACUACUGCGCCAAACUGUCCAGCAGGAAGUCCGCCGGCAAACUGAACUCCUCUCCGUGGAUUACUUGUACUUACCAAGUACUAGUAGUACCGACGUCGAGCGUUUGAUAAAAGCAGCUUCCGAGCCCUUGUAUGAACCAAGGAUAAAGAGGGGUGGUGUUAUUAUUAACUAUGGUUCACACACAGUAUCUACACAUUCUGCAACAUAUUUCCGAGUGAUCUCUUUACACGACUCUGGGUCGUUUCGGAUGGAGAAUCUACCCCGUCGUCAGACCAUGCCAUAUGCCAGCUACGCCACAACUCUCCCAUCCUCGGCAGUAGACCAUGGGUUGGUAUACUCGCCUAAGAUGUACUCGCCAACCGAGACGGAAGUAAUGUUCCCUCAUACUCAUGAGCGAAUGCAUGCCGUCCGACCAAAUGGAGUAAUGGCAACAGUCGAGUUGGCCGUAGUUGCUAACCCAUCCAGCCGCCAAGCGGUCCUCGUGCCUGCUGGACGGGCUGGGACUGGCGCAAGUCGGCCUUCGAUUGCCGGCAUGAAGCUACCGCACUUUUUGCGGGGACCUUCCACCACCACGGCCUGCACUACUGCGUGUUCCACUGCGGACUAA